AUGUUUUGGAGACUUGAAAUCAGCAGCUGUGACUUUUAUCUGCAAAGUCACAAACUUUGAGAAAAUAAAAGCUGCUUGGCCUUGUGCGAGGGUCUGUCUGCUCUGGCUUCCAAAAACAACCCCAUGAUCUCAUUUGAGAAGAAAUAAUCCGUAGAAUGCAUGAACUCUGCUUGUUGUAGAGCGUGAUUUCAGUGGAUCUUGAACGGGACGACGAGACGCUGACAUGGGAGAGUGGGAUGUUCUGGGCCGUCUGCUGGAUAAGGUGCAGAGCCACUCCACAGUGAUCGGCAAAAUCUGGCUCACCGUGCUGUUCAUUUUCCGCAUCAUGGUUCUGCGCACCAGCACUGACAAGGUGUGGGGAGACGAGCAGUCGGACUUCGUCUGCAACACUCAGCAGCCCGGCUGCAGGAACGUCUGCUACGACCUCGCUUUCCCAAUCUCUCACGUCCGCUUCUGGGUUCUUCAGAUCAUCGCCAUUGCUGCACCCAAGCUGCUGUACCUCGGCCAUGUUCUUCAUGUGAUCCAUGUGGAGAAGAAGCUGAAGGAGAGGAUGCAGAAGCAGGGCGAGCUUGACCAGGCCAACCUCUUCCUCAGGAGGGCCUUCAAGAUUCCCAAAUACACCAAGGACAACGGCAGGACCAGCCUCCGCGGAAGCCUCCUCCGCACUUACGUAAUGCAUCUAGUGGCCAAAAUUGUUCUAGAAGUUCUGUUUCUGGUGGGUCAGUACUUCCUUUAUGGGUUCACUCUGGAAGCUCGCUACGUCUGCACCAGCUUCCCCUGCCCUCACAAGGUGGACUGCUUCCUGUCCAGACCCACAGAGAAAUCGGUCAUCAUCUGGUUCAUGCUGGUGGCCGCUCUGGUCUCUCUGGCUCUCAGUAUAGUAGAGCUGGUCUACCUCUGUGUGAGGAGCAUCAAGGAGUGCGUGGCCAGGAGGCAGGACUACACCGUCACCCCGGUGACACCACCGAGUUCAAAGAAGCUUCCGAAAACCCAGGAUGAGGUGAUCCAGAACUACGUCAACUCGGAGUUGGAGCUACAUGGACGAAAGCUGCGCAUGAACGGGAUCCCUGGAGGGGUGCAGGAAGGAGGGAGCUUGUCGCCUGACACUAAUGUUGGGGAGAUCCACAUCUGAUGGUGGGGAGUGACCGUCUCUCCACUCCCUGAAGGUCUGCUUGUUGUUUGACUUGGUGGUGGGGGGGUUGUCCCAGAGCGGGUAAGGAGAGAGGAGCGUGAACGACCAGCUUCAGCAAACAGAACUUAUUCACAUGUAAAGUGUUGCUUUGAACAAACCUCAAGUUACCCAUCUGGCAACAUGAUUAACCACAUUUAGACAGACUUUGACUGCUGGUUUAAUAAACGUUUUAUUAAAAAAUUA